GUCCCUCGCCGUCCUCUCUCCGUAGAAAGCCUAAAACCCUUUCUAAAACCCCUCUCGCUUUAUUUCGAUUUCGAUUGGUGGCGAAAUUAGGGUUAGGGUUUUGAGAAAAAAAAGAUGGUGGCGGACAAAGGGAAGAAGGCUAAGGUUGCAGAGAGGGAUGGGGAUGAAGAGAAUGAUCACAUUGAUGGAGAGCUCGUGCUCUCAAUCGAGAAAUUGCAGGAGAUCCAAGAUGAAUUGGAGAAGGUAAAUGAGGAGGCCAGUGACAAAGUUUUGGAGGUGGAGCAGAAGUAUAAUGAGAUCCGCAGGCCUGUGUACAAGAGAAGGAACGAGAUUAUUCAAUCUAUUCCAGACUUUUGGUUAACUGCGUUUCUUAGUCAUCCUGCACUUGGAGAUCUCUUAACUGAGGAAGAUCAAAAGAUUUUCAAGCAUUUGGUUUCUUUGGACGUGGAGGAUUCAAAAGAUGUGAAGUCAGGCUAUACUAUUACAUUUAACUUCUCUGCUAACCCUUAUUUUGAAGACACCAAGCUUUCAAAGACAUACACUUUCCUUGACGAAGGAACAACUAACAUAACUGGAACAACAAUUAAGUGGAAGGAAGGGAUGGAUAUUUCAAAUGGUGUCGAUCAUGAGAAGAAGGGGACAAAACGGCCAUUAAGUGAAGAAAGUUUCUUCAGCUGGUUUGGUGAGACACAGCAGAAAAAUCUUUUGGAAGGAAUGUCUGAUGAGCAGGUAGCGGAGAUAAUAAAAGAAGAUUUAUGGCCCAACCCACUGAGGUAUUUCAACAAUGAAGCUGAUGAAGAGGAUUUUGAUGGAGAUGAUGACGAGAACGAAGAUGAGGAUGAUGAACAGGAUGACGAUGAUGAUGAUGAAGAAUAAGCGAGAAACAUUUUCUUCUGUACUGUCUACUUUGGUCUGGUUCAAUAUCCAUUCAGAUUCUAGCGAAAGGGGAUCAGUAUGUGUUAAAAAUUAAGGGGCGUUUUCCUUUUUUUUUUUGAUUGGCAAAAGGAUCUCUUAACAGAAGCUUUUAUUUAUACUAGGAUUUUUAUUGCAGAACAGUGGUCUUGUAGAGUUUUGGGCUUGUUUUUCUUUUUCUUUUUCUUUAGGGUCAAAAACUUUGUUUAAACGUCUGCGUGCGUAAUUUCUAGACCUGGUACCUUUGCCCCCUACUUUAAUCUACAGCAGUUAAUAUGAAAGUCAUCGGCGGCUAUAUUUGUAUAAA